GAGAGAACUGUGUAUACACCUAUCUACCUUGUCAAUAUUUUUUUCAGUCUUCACUCUAUAAAAAAUACAACAUUAAGUUUAAAAAUAUGCACUUAUUUCAAAAAUAAAAAGACAGUUUUUCACAGCUUGCUUUAUGGACUGAUGUAGUCGAACAAUUUUUUAAAGCUUUUGUUUGAAAGUUAAAGCAACAAAUAUCUACAAGACUUGUAUUGUCUGAAAGACACAAGCCCGAAUACAAGGGAAAGAACUGUCAAUGAAGAAAUGGAAGGGGAGACAACUGGACUGAGUGAAAGCGACAGUAAAAUUGUACUGCGCGGGUCAUUCUCCACCGAAAGAUCCGUCGACGCCAUCACCAACCAACACUUGCUUCGUGGGUCGUUUUCUACAGAACCAUGUGCAGACGAGAUCACCAACGCCUCCCUGGGGCCCUCGUUCGAGUUCACCGCCGUGGACGAGGCUGACCAGUCCCUGGUGAUAGCCAACCAGCCGAGGAAAAGUUCCAGAAAAACGGCGGACAAGUCUUUUCACUCGCCGUUCAAUGACGCCCACAGCGAGAGGGACUGGUCGACCGGGUUGUGUCAGUGUUCAGGGGAGGGGCGGUCCUGCCUAGCUAUGGUGUGUUGUUGGCCAGCGUAUAGAUACAGUCUGGCAACCCGACUGGGAGAAACUCCUUUCAUGCCUCUUAUACCGUGUGCUGCCUUUGGCCUCCGAGUUAAGAUUAGAGCACUUUUUGGGAUUAAGGGUUCCAUUAUAAAAGAUUUUUUUACAAGCCUGUGUUGUGAGCCUUGUGCAAUCUGCCAGAUGACUCGGGAAAUGGACAAGAUAGGUCUUUAAUCAUAGCAAGGUCUUUAGGUCUUUAUUCAUAGUAAUAUCUUUGU